UUAAUUCAAGCAGAUCAAGUAGUAUAUAAGUUUUUAAUUUUUAGUUUGUAUAGAUGGUUUCAAGUUUUGAAGUUUAUAAGCUAAUUCGAUUAAAAAUUUCAAACACGCCUUGCUAAAUGAAAAAAUCAAUAAAUUCCAAUAAGGAUUUCUUCUUAGUGUUGGAAGCUUAGGAAAAGGCGGGGCAAAGGCAGGAGUGGAAGAUAUACGUGUAGAACACUGUACUUUCAAUGGUACCCUAAAUGGAGCAAGGAUCAAAACAUGGCAGGUAAUUGAAGAUUAAGCUCAUUCCUUUUCCAUAAUUCAAUUCAAUUCACAUCUCAUGUUCUUCGACCAUGCACUUGGUUGUGUCCAGGAAGGGUCUGGAUUUGCCAGGAAGAUCGUGUUCAGAAAUAUAACUCUCAUCAAUGGUUAUAACCCCAUCAUCAUUGACCAGUACUAUUGUUUACCUGGUAAAACCUGCCAAAAUCAGAAAUCGGCUGUUAAGCUAAGUGGUAUUUCAUUCAUGGGGUUUCGUGGGACAUCCUUAAGCGACGACGCAAUCAAUCUAAGUUGCAGUAAGAGCGUUGGUUGCACCAAGAUUUUAUUAGAUCACAUCAACAUAACCUCAGCUGUUAGGGGCAAGAUUGUUCAUUCCUCUUGCAUCAAUGCUCAUGGCAGAUACAUUGAUUCAAUCCACAAAGUAGAUUGUUUAUCACCCUGAAACUGGUUGCUAUUAUAUUAUUGCCCAUCUACUUUUAAGAUGUUUCUGAUAUGAAACACAAAAAUAUGUUAGAAAUGGAACAGUUAAUGUUGUUGCUUUUCUUAUGGAUAUCAUCUUAGAUACCCAUUUUCUUCGGUAUCUUUUGAAUUAUUUUUAAAUAAUUUGAGUUAAAUUACUAGAUCGAUUCCUUUAAUGAGUUUAAUUUUAUUUCAUUUUAAUUUGAAUUUCAAAAUUAUAUUUGAUUUUUGUAAUGCAUAGCCAAAUUUUAUUAAUUCGGCUUAAAGUUCAAUUUUGGGAUCUAUAAUUUAGUUUCAUGAGUUUCGAAAUUUACUUUCAAGCGUCGAGAUUUGUUAAUUGGGUUUUAAUUUUAUUUUUGAAUUCAUAAUUGGACUUUGAAUCCAAGUAAAAAAAAAAUGUCCAAUAAAACUUGAACCAAAUUAGGGAGGUGUCGUGUUGGACAUGAGAGGAAGAUCUCAUUCGAGAAAACUA